AUGCAACUCAACCCAGUCAGUGCUAAAGGUAAAGAACAGAUCCUCAAAAAAAAUCCCAAUGACGUGGUCAUUGUUGGAGCUUAUAGAACAGCUGUUGGAAAAGGUUUCAAAGGAGGCUUCAAAAGUGUCAAGAGUGAAUUUAUCUUGACUGAAUUUUUAAAACAAUUUUUAGCCAAAACCAAAGUUGAUCCCAGCUUGAUUGAAGAUGUUGCCAUGGGUAACGUUUUGAAUCAAGGUAUUGGUGCCAUGGAACACCGUGGUGCUUGUUUGGCUGCCGGUAUUCCUUAUACAAGUGGUUUCAUUGCUAUAAAUCGAUUCUGUUCCUCAGGUUUAAUGGCCAUUUCAGAUAUUGCCAAUAAGAUUGCUGUUGGUGAAAUUGAGUGUGGUAUUGGUGGUGGUGUGGAGAGCAUGUCUCAAAAUUACAAAAAAGCUAUGCCUCAAAUGGACCCUCAUUUAGCAGACGGUGCAGAAGAAGUUGUUUCUAGCUGUUUGGUUCCAAUGGGUAUCACUAAUGAAAAUGUUGCCAAAAAAUACAAUAUCGAUAGAAAAGUUCAAGACGAGUUUAGUGCAAACUCAUACAAGAAGGCCGAACAAGCUAUUGCCAAAGGUAGUUUUAAAGAUGAAAUUUUACCAAUUAGAUCUAUUAUUAGAACAGAAGAUCAAGAUGGAAACAUUACUGAAAAAGAGAUUGUUGUUGAUACCGAUGAAGGUCCAAGGAAAGGUGUCGAUGCAGAAGGUUUGGGCAAAUUGAAACCAGCUUUUGGAGGUACUACAACUGCCGGUAAUGCUUCACAAAUCAGUGAUGGUGCAGCAGCAGUUUUGUUGAUGAAGAGAUCCUUGGCCGAAAAGAAAGGAUAUCCAAUUGUUGCCAAAUUCGUUGCUUGUAGCUCCGUUGGUGUGCCACCUGAAAUUAUGGGAGUUGGUCCAGCUUUUGCUAUUCCUGAAGUUUUGUCACGAACAGGUUUGAGUGUUGACGACAUUGAUGUUUUUGAAAUUAAUGAAGCUUUUGCUGCUCAGUGUCUUUACAGUGCUGAACAGUGUAAUGUUCCAGCAGAGAAAUUAAACAAGAAUGGUGGUGCUAUUGCCUUGGGCCAUCCUUUAGGUGUCACUGGAGCAAGACAGUAUGCUACCAUUUUAAGGUUGUUGAAAGCUGGAGAAAUCGGUUUAACUUCAAUGUGUAUCGGUACUGGUAUGGGUGCAGCAUCUAUCCUUGUUAAAGAGUAA